AUGUCGGUCUGGAACCCAGACAACAUUCGGGAUGUUGCUGAGUCGGCUGGUCUCACAAAUCUGAGCCAUGAUGUGACCGAGAACCUCGCCCGCGACGUGGAAUAUCGAGUUGCGCAAGUCCUAGAGGAGGCACUCAAGGCCAUGCGCCAAGGCAAGCGCACAAUCUUGACAACUCAGGAUAUCUCCCUUGCUCUACGAAACCUGGAUGUGGAACCUCUUUAUGGAUACGAAUCUCUUCGCCCGUUGCGCUUCGGAGAAGCAUCGCUGGGACCCGGUCAACCGCUGUUUUAUCUCGAAGACGAGGAGGUGGACUUUGAGAAACUGAUCAAUGCUCCAUUGCCCAAAGUUCCCCGAGAGGUGUCUUUCACAGCUCAUUGGCUCGCCGUGGAAGGUGUGCAGCCAUCUAUUCCCCAGAAUCCGACUGCCGCAGACUCUCGGAACCUCGAGCUGGUCUCGAAGGGACCAAAUGCCAAUUCCACAUUAGCGGCGAUGAGUGGGACGGGUGACGUGGCUGUGAAACCUUUGGUAAAGCAUGUGCUCUCCAAAGAGUUGCAGUUGUACUUUGAGAAGGUCUGCAGUGCGUUCUUGGACGAGACAAGUGAGGACUACCGGACGUCCGGAUAUGCCAGUCUACGGGAGGACCCUGGCCUGCAUCAACUAGUACCAUACUUUGUGCAGUUUAUCGCCGAGAAGGUCACACACGGCCUGAAGGAUAUCUUUGUCCUGACGCAAGUUAUGCACAUGGCUGAGGCUCUGGUGCAGAACCAAUCCCUCUACGUUGACCCAUAUGUCGCAUCUCUAGUGCCCUCUAUUUUGACGUGUCUGAUAGGUCGACAGCUUGGUGGAGCUGCUGACGUGGCCGAGCAAUGUGCUCUUCGUGAUCUGGCUGCUUCACUUCUUGGUCUCAUUGCUAAAAAGUACUCCCAUUCGUCUCACAUGCUGAAGCCCCGCCUUGUCCGCUCGUGCCUGAAGAGUUUCCUGGAUCCAUCCAAACCAUUCGGUGCUCAUUAUGGUGCCGUAAUUGGCAUGCAAGCAGUAGGCGGUGCAGAGGUGAUUCGCGUGCUUAUGAUUCCUAAUCUCAGUGAAUAUUCGAAGCUUCUUAGUGAUGGUCUUGAGGACUCUGCUCGUCGGCCUGCCGCUGAGCGGGUACUUAAUGCAUUGCUUGCAGUCCUGGCUUCUCUGCGGGAUAGCCAUGCAUCCUUAGCGAAUGGUCACCCCGACGUUGUCAGUGACGAGCUUCGUUCCCGUUUGAUCGGCAAGGUGGGCGAACUCCUUGCAGCAAAAAUUGCCGAGGCGAAUGAGGUGCAGCUGGCCUACCUGCUUCUUGAAUCAUAA